AAUUUCAAACAGUCCCCAACUUCUCUUCUCUUUUUCUAAUGCUAAAAAUUGGAUCCCUAAAUUAGGGUUUCAUCACAAAAUUAGAACAUCAAUAAUCAAUUUGGCUCUAGUAUAUUUUUCUUCUUUGACACUGUAUUUUGUUUGACUUGUUGAUUUUUUUCACUUACUAAAUCUACAAAGGACACUCCAUAGUUCAAGUACAACCCACAGAAAGAGACUGAGAAAAAUAGAGUUUAGAACUGAAGAUCCAGAGCUUUUGGAACUGAGAAAUUGUUGGAGGAAACAGUCUUUCAGGGCCAUAAAAAGAUAUUUCAUGGGGUCUACUGUUGAAUAUCACAUCCAACAUAUAAUUAACAUCCCAGAACAGAUUGAGCCUGCAUUGUGGCCAGAAUGUUGUAUCUACAAGGUACCUACUAGUCUUUUGAAGGUGAAAGAGGUGGCCUACACUCCUCUAUUGAUCUCAAUUGGCCCUGUUCACCAUAACAAAGAACAGCUAAUGGAAAUGCAAGAGCAGAAACACAGAUAUUUUCAUUUCUUUUGGGCACGCCUAAGCCUAGUGAACAAGCUUGAUUUGGUGCAAUACAAAGCAUUCCUUGAACUAGAAGAGCGAAACCUACGCUGUUGUUACCAAAAGAAAUUCCCUGAAAUCAGCAAGGAGCAAUUUGUGGAGAUGAUGCUACUGGAUGCUGUGUUCAUCAUGGAGCUGUUUCUGAGAGAAGCGAAAAAAUGGGAACAUAAGGAUGACUAUCUAAUGACUCAAGGAUGUGUUAGCAAAAGUAUCCAGUGUGACUUGAUGUUGCUUGAGAAUCAGCUUCCAAUGUUAGUGUUGGAAAAACUAUAUGAUAGAGUUGUCCCAAGCAAUGCCAAAAAUCACACCAGAUUUAUUAACCUUGCCCAUGAGUACUUCAGAUCUUAUUACCCUCAUCAGCAUUCUUCAGAAAACAAGUUUGAGCUGAGAAAGUGGGAGAAAUCACUACAUUUCACUGAUCUAAUUAGAAAUGCCUAUCUUCCUAAGAAACUGAGCAGUCAGAUGAAAUAUUCUCAGCAGGAGUGUGUGCUAAGGACUGCAACUAAGUUGAAUGAGGCCGGGAUAAGCUUUGAGAAGGUUCAUGACAGAUGCUUACUAGAUGUGAAGUUUGAGAAGAAGCGAUUCUUCAGCUGGUUUCUUUGCUUGGGUUGCUUACCAUGCUGCAAGUUGUUCAAAGCCCGGUUUCAAAUCCCCCAGUUGAAAGUAGACCACACAACAGAAUGCGUUCUUAGGAACUUAAUAGCCUUUGAGCAGUGUCACUAUCCCAAGGAGCCUUACGUUUGCAACUAUGUUUCUCUAAUUGACUCUCUUAUUCACACCAAAGAUGAUGCAGAGUUGCUGGUUGAGAAAGAAGCUAUUGUCCAUGAACUGGGAAGUGAUCAAGAUUUGGCAACUCUGGUUAAUGGUCUUUGCAAACAUGUGGUGACAAAUUCAACAUGCUACCACCAAAUUAUGAAAGCUGUCAAUGAACACUAUAACAAUGAUUGGAAGUGGGCAAUGGGUACAUUAAGGUGGGUUUACUUCCGUGACCCUUGGAGAAGCAGUUCUACUUUAGUUGGGGUUGCUGUCCUUGUGUUCACCAUCUUCAACUUUUACCGCGUAACUGAUCUACUCUUUUGGUAAGUGCACCUUUGCUUGCACAUCAUUCAUAAGUUAGUUGUUGUAGUUUAUGCGUCUUUUGGGCUGUUGGAAGCACUUUUGGUGGUUGAUAAAGUCUGCAGACAUCCUUUGAAACACGCUGUAAAUUGAGAAUUGUAUACUGAUUAUUGAAUCACCUUUGCAGUCUUACAUCAUUGUCAAUGAUUGUACCAUAACUAUUUCAUUUCCCAUUACUUGUAAUAAAAGUGGCUAGUUUAUUUUUGAACAUAUGUAUUAAUAAUAGUUGCACAUGUGUGAGAUGAUGAUACAUGUGCAUCCUGAACUCUUGGAAAGGUGCUAAAAUGAGAAACUAUCUUUUUAAA